AAUAACAUCUAGGUUAAUAAAUUCGUAAUAUCGGGACGGUUUUUAACCAAAAUAAUUUGAUGAUUAAUUAAUAUUAAUGAAAUGUCAUACGCGGAGUACGGAUCGCGGAUUUUUAUGCCGAUUAAUUUGAAGACGGAAAAAUUUCUAGUGCGUGAUGAAGAAAUAGCUCAAGUGAAAUCCGGUCAUCGGUUGAAGAUGUAUGAUUCUUAUCUAGAUAUCCGGACGUGGAGUCCCAAGCAGUUGGAGACGUUCCAGUAUUUUCGGGAUGUUACGGAAAAUCAAAAUGUAGGAAAAAUUGUGCCGAUUGAUCAUUUAUUUGAGAUCAUCAAUGACUUGACUUCGCAUUCUGAACUGCUGAUGCUGCGAGAGGAGCUCCAGAGAUAUAAAUCCCUUGAACUUACCCCUGAGCAGGAGAAACAGUUGCAGAUGAGUGGCCUCAACAUCCCUGAGGACAAAUUUGAAGUUGAAGAACUUGAGAAUGAAAAUGAUGAGACUACAGUUUCUGAACUGUCAGAAGUGACUGUUGCGCAAAAAUCUAAUUUGAACAGUUAUUCGCACUUCACAUCUACCGAGAGUCUGACUUUGGAGACGAAAACCUAUGACAGCGAUGGAACUAGUCAAGUUUCCUCCAACUCCUCCACAAUAGACGAACAAGUUACAUUAUCCAACCGAAGUUACGAUAGUCGAGAACGAGAAUCGACAACUGCUUCCAUCGACUCCGAACGUACUAGAAUAAUUAAGAACGAGUCGAUGAUAAUAUCACUGGAAAAUGCCCUAGGGGUGAAGAAAGCAGAAAUAGAAGAGAUGAAAGAGAAAAUGAGAAAUCUUGUCGGGGAAUUACGAGAGCGCGAUGUUAAAAACAAGAAUUUACAGGAUCACGUUCUGAAUAUGCAGCGGCAGCUGGAACUGAUGAAAGAGCGCAAUUCAGCAGUGGAAGAGUACAAAAAAAUAUCGAGUGGGAAAAACUUGAUCGAUCAAUUGAAAACCAAGUUGGAUGAAAAAAGGAAUCAGUGCAUUGAACUUACGAAAGAAAUAAAUAAAUUGCGACAAAAUUAUAAUGAUGAUCAGGUGCGAGCUGAGAGAGACGAUUUAAAUAAUAAACUUGAAGAAUUCUUCCGAUCAUUGAAGAGUUUUGGAGUAGAACCCAGUGAGAAAGGGAUGGAAAAAAUACUCCGAGAGAGAAAAGAACUCAUAAAAUCAGAGAAACAUUGGCACCUGCAGUGUUUAGACCGCGAAGAAGAGAUCGCUGAAUUAUCGCACUUAAUAGAUCGAAUGUGCAAUAAACAUCAGGAACGAGAGAACGAGUUGAAGCAAUCGAUCGAACAUCUGACAACCGAAUCGAGAAAUAAAAACACAAAAUUGGACGAGUACAAAGACAAAAUGUCAUCGAUGCUACAGAGUUUCGAAAAUAAAAUCCAGUACGAAAAAUCGUUAGCAGAUCGAAACGUCGAGGACGAGAAUAUCGAUAAAGCAUUGUCAUUUUAUUUGAGGAAAUCGGUGGACAAAUUCAAUGAAUUCUCUGAAGCUUUCGAGUGUCUACGAUCUGGUGGAGGAGACAGGGCUGGAAGCUCUGAGAUGGAGCAGCUGAAGAAUGAACUCAUGGAGCCAAUGAAGGAGCUGAAGAAUCAAAUCGUGAAGCGAACGAAUGAAGCGAAUAUGUAUCUCACUCGUUAUGAAGAAUGCCAGAGAAUUCUGCAGGUUCAAUCCGAGGAAUUGAAAGAACUACGAGACGCAAAACACAAGUUCUACGAUAAUUCGUCAAUGGUCGAGGAGCUGCAACAAUCAGCGAGUAAAAUGGAAUUGAAAUUCAUCGAUCUGCACAAAGAGCACUACAAUCUAACGAAUACAAUUCAAAAUUUGACGAGCGAAUUGGCCCAGAAGAACGAGCAAAUAAUAGACCUGGAAACCGAGAGGGACUCGCUCACCUGUAAAGUCACGAGUUCCGCAAUCGAAUUGCAAUCGAAGGACGAAAAAAUUGCAUGCUUAAAGCUCGAGAACCAAAAAAUCGAGGAAAAACUUAAAGGAGCUGAAGAAAAUGCUGCGAGAGUCCAAUCAGAGAUGAAAGAUCUCAAACACGAGAGUGACAUAAUUAAUCAGUUGUCCUUCCUGCAGAAGGAAAUAGCAAAAUAUGGAAAAGAAAAGAAAAAACUGGAGGAGAGUAUCUCUCAUCUCCAGGAAGAGUUCCGGACCUGUCGCAGCUCCAAUCAGACUCUUGAUGAUAGCCUGAAUGACAGAUUGAAAGAGAGGGAGUCUCUUCAGGAUAAAAUAACCACGAUGAAGCAAAAUAUCAGUCAUUUGUCCAACGAAUUGACUUUCAAUAAUUUCGAUGGGAGGAAUAUCAUGGGCUUACCAGUAAAAUUGUGCGAGAGCAUUCGAACCCUGAAGAAGCGCCUCCAGGGUUUCUCCUCAGGGCCGGAGGACAUCAGGCAGAGUAAUAAUGAUCGCUUGGAGAACGAUGUGGAAGAUUAUCAGAGCCAGUUGUUUGGCAGUUGUCACAAUGACGAGAAGACACUGAGGAAAAGCGAAAUUUUUUACAAUCGAAAUUUGCAGUUCGUGGAGGGCAGCGAGGAUGGACUACACAAGGUUGAUUUUAAAGGAUGUCCUGACGGGGUUAAAGGCACUCGCAGAGAGGGUGAACUGUCUUCUGGGGAAAAGGAUGACAGAAGCCUGAGAGGUGAUACGCCAGAAAAUGUGCAGAAGGAAAAGAAUUUGGCAGGUGAUUACGAGAGAAAGGGAUUUCCAGGUGAAGGUCAAUACUACAAUAAUCCUGUCGGCACUAAAAUCUGGACUUCGAAUUUCGGGGAGAAAAGUCCACAGAAGACGGCCUUAUUCAUAAAACCAGAGACAAUCGGCAAUGAGACUCCGAAAGUAUCUGUCUUCAGAAAUCCCCAGAGUCUAUUCUCAGAUGCUAAAAACACGAUUAAUGUGCAUUCCAUCGGACAAACUAAUAUGAGAGCUCCUUUUUACGACAGGAGUCCUUUGAAUGAAAGAUACGGAAAAGAGUUGCCCACAGCUAGAUAUGAGUACCAGAUCAGAUCAGACAAUACAUCAAUGCCCAACAAGAUCUUCCAGAUGGAUGCGUCAAAUCGAAAUUUCAUCACGGCCUGUAGUGUGCGCAGGAAAAAUGAAAAUUAAU